AUGCUUCGUUUGCGUACCGCCCGUGGCCUUGCCAUGAAGGCCAGACCUGCUGCUGCCACCCUUUCUGCUCGUCUUGUUCCUAGAAUGCCAGUGAGAGCUGCUUCUCAGUUGGCCCACUUCAAGGUUCCUCCAAUCAGCAACGAACCCGUGAAGGAGUUUUCGUACGAACACCAGAAGGACUGGGACCUUUUGCGUGCGUCGCUUACCAAGUUGACUGACGGCGGUCCUUUGGACAUUCCUUUGAUCAUUGGCGGUGAAAAGGUUUAUGAUAGACCCACGUUUGCUCAGGUCAACCCAGCCAAGCACAGCCAGACUUUGGCUAACGUGCGUACUGCCACUCCUGAGGACGUCAAGGAGGCAAUUGCUGCUUCCAAGGAGGCUAAGGAGUUGUGGGCUUCUUUGCCUUGGUCCGACAGAGCUGCUGUUUUCUUGAAGGCUGCUGACCUCAUCUCCACGAAGUACAGAUACGACAUGUUGGCUGCCACCAUGCUUGGCCAGGGUAAGAACGUUUUCCAGGCUGAAAUCGACUGUGUGGCUGAAUUGAUUGAUUUCUUCAAGUACAACGUCAAGUACGCUGAAGAGAUGUACAAGGUCCAGCCUUGCGAGUCCGCUCCAGGUGUGUGGAACAGAGCUGAAUACAGACCUUUGGAGGGUUUCGUUUACGCCGUCACUCCAUUCAACUUUACCGCUAUUGCUGGUAACUUGGUUGGUGCCCCAGCUUUGAUGGGUAACACUGUUGUGUGGAAGCCAUCCAACUCCGCUGUCUUGUCCAACUACCUCUUGUUGAACAUCUUGGAGGAGGCCGGUUUGCCAAAGGGUGUUAUUAACUUCAUCCCAGGUGAGCCAGUUGAGAUCUCCCAGGAACUCGUCAACCACCCAGACUUUGCUGCUUUGCACUUCACCGGUUCCACCGAUGUUUUCAAGAAGUUGUACGGUCAGAUCGGUAGCAACUUGUCCAAGGACCUUUACAAGGAGUACCCACGUGUCGUCGGUGAGACUGGUGGUAAGAACUUCCACUUGGUUCACCCAUCUGCUUCCGUUGACCACGCUGCCUUGUCCACCUUGAGAGGUGCUUUCGAGUUCCAGGGCCAGAAGUGUUCUGCCAACUCUAGACUUUACGUUGCUGAGUCUGUUUGGGAGCAGUUCUCCUCUACAUUGACCUCUGCCAUGGACACCAUCACCAUUGGUUCCACCACUGAGACCUCUACCUUGAACAACUUCAUGGGUCCAGUUAUCCACGAGCAGUCUUUCGACAAGUUGAGCGGUGCCAUUGAGCAGGCCAAGAGCGACCCAGAGUUGACCAUCAUCAAGGGUGGUGAGACCGACAAGCAGGCCGGUUUCUUCGUCCAGCCAACUUUGAUCCAGACUACUAACCCAGACCACGAGUUCAUGAAGAAGGAGUUCUUUGGUCCUAUCGUCACUGCUUACGUCUACAAGGAUAGCGAGUUCGAGCUGAUAAUGGAGAAGAUCGACCGCUCCACCAAGUACGGUUUGACUGGUGCUGUCUUUGCCAGAGACAGAGAGGCUGUCAGACAGGCUGAGGAGAAGUUGCGUUACUCUGCUGGUAACUUCUACAUCAACGACAAGUGCACUGGUGCCGUUGUUGCCCAGCAAUGGUUCGGUGGUGGAAGAAUGUCCGGUACCAACGACAAGGCUGGUUCUGGUAACAUCUUGGGCAGAUUCGUUUCUGUCAGAAACAUCAAGGAGAACUUCUACGAGUUGAAGGACUACAAGUACCCAUCCAACAUCAACUAA